AUGCUUGCAGCCAUUGAUGCGUGUCCAACUCGCCGUCAUUCUGGCUCAGCACUGCUCGCCGCCAUUGGUCGCUGGGCGCUGCUACUGCUCGGACUCGCGACGAUCGUGUCUGUGACCGUUGUCGACGCCGCCGUGAUCUCGAAUGCUACGAGUACGACGACCAACGGCACGGCGAAUACGACCGAUACCGCCAAUACGACGACGACCUAUCAAGAUCUGGGAUUCUACAAUGUCACGCCUGGAGGAGGUAGAUGGCUGACGGUGAGUGUGCAUCUGCCAUAUCCGGUCACCGUAUCGAUCGUGCGUCAUCGUCACCACUGCGCAGGCGCGCAGGCGCGCAUGCCGCGCCCGAGCGAGCUUGCGAAAACCAUCGCCGAGCUUCUACCCGCCCAGACCUCGCACCGGCGGGAGAUCCGACUCCAAAAAUACACCCAUGCAGGGGCAACAACGCUUGGAACACGAAACCUAAACUGACUUUAUCAUCGCCGAUUCCAAUCCCAGUACGCUGUGGAUGGCACAUUGUUGGGUGAACCGAUCAACGUCGUCGUCUCGGCCCAUUCGGACCCCCUCAUCAUGACCGUGGCGGGCCUCAACGACUGGUUUCUUUCGAUUCAGUAUAGCACCGAGUUCCUCAACGUAUCUCUCGGAAACAAGCAGAAGGCCGAUCUCGGCGAUGGGAAUGGGCGGCGUAAGUCGUGGCUCUGAAAAGCCAAUGUUCGCUGGCUCGGAGGUCCGAAGAGCGAAAACCUGAAGCCGGCCAUACCCGCAUUAAGAUACAUCAGUGAGCUGACGAUGCUUGGGCUUCUAACUUGCACAGAAAAUCAAAGCCAGCUUCUGCGAUACAACUACUUCGAUACCAUUUACGGCACCCUGCAAGAGUCGGUCAACGGUGGAUCGCACGUACGGAUCUGGAACCAGAACGGCUCGACCGCGGACUCGGGAGCAUGGUUCGUCGCUGCCUCGGUCGAGUACCCCGCGGCGAUGGGGCAUCUCAUCAAACCCAAUGGCUAUGACCUCGGCCGGGACGAAGUCGUCGGGAAUGCGACGAUGAGCAACGGAACGAUUUCGCCUGCGACGAACCGUACCUUUUCGGCAACGAGUCAACUGAUUCAGUUCCUUCCGGCCAACUCGAGCGCAAAUAUUAACCACGACAUCGAGACCGACGGUAACGUGGCCAUCUUAACCGUCAAGGUCACAAGCAAUGGCUCUGUCAAUGCCAGCGCCAAGAGCGGGUCGUGAGUACUACCUUCCGGCUCCUGAGUUCCCUGGCAGAAAAGUUUGAUCUGAUUCCCAACUUCUUGUAAACUCAGUACGACCUCGAUGCUGAAUAUCGUGCCCCUCCAAGCCAAAACUCUGAUCUUCGCUUCCACCGUUCUUUCCAUUGCCUUCGCCUUACUCUUAUGA